AUGGAAUGUUCAGAAAUGGAGGAUUCCAAUCAAGGUGAGAAAAAGGAACCAACGGAUUCAACACAUUAUGAAAAGGAACAUAAAGAUGAUCAUGAAGAAAGUGAACAACCCGCACCAGGAUCACCAUCACCGCUAUCAGCAACAACGAGCUCGGAAAUGGAGGAUAAUGAGCAAGGUAAGAAACAGGAACCAACGGAUUCAACACAUGAUAAAGAAAGUGAACAACCGGCGCCAGGAUCACCAUCUCCGUUACCGGAAACAACGAAGAUAGAGGAGAGCUUGGAAAAGGAGGACCAUGAGCAAGGUAAGAAACAGGAAGCAACGGAUUCAGCACAUGAUAAAGAAAGUGAACAACCGGCGCCAAGAUCACCAUCAACGUUACGGGCAACAACGACGAUAUACGAGUGCUUGGAAACGGAGGACCAUGAGCAAGGUAAGAAACAGGAACCGACGGAUUCAACACAACAUUACAAGGAGCAUAAAGAUCAAGAUAAAGAAAAGCGAGCAACCCGCGCCAAGAUCAUUAAGAUCGCUAUCAGUAUCACCGUUACCAACAAUGAGGAGGUUGAGGAAGGCGAUAUCGAUGACGAUGCAUGA